UUAGAAAAUUUCCACUCCGGUCCGAUUUCAACCAGCCUUGGACAUAGUGCUCGUGAAAGGAGUCAAUUGUCUAAUUUAAAAAAAAAUUCUAAACUCAGUGAAAUUAUAAUUUACCAAAGUGUUUCGCCCAACCCUAAGCUACUUUGAGACGAAGCCAGAGCCCUACAAAAUGACCAGGGCAAAGAUAGAACUCGGAGAUGUAACACCUCACAACAUAAAGCAACUCAAGUUGCUGAAUCAAGUCGUUUUUCCAGUCUCAUACAAUGAGAAAUUUUACAAAGACGUUUUGGAAGCAGGCGAGCUGGCGAAAUUAGCUUAUUACAAUGACAUUGUGGUUGGAGCGGUUUGCUGUCGGGUGGACACAUCAGAAAAUUCUCGGCGGUUAUACAUAAUGACUCUGGGCUGUUUAUAUCCUUAUCGAAGAUUAGGAAUUGGAACAGUCAUGGUACAACACGUUUUAAAUUUCGUCCGUAAGGACGGAAACUUCGAUUCCAUUUUUUUGCAUGUUCAAAUAAAUAAUGAAGGUGCGAUCGACUUCUACAAAAAAUUCGGCUUCGAAAUAGUUGAAACUAAAGAACGUUAUUACAAAAGAAUCGAGCCGGCGGACGCUCACGUUUUGCAAAAAACCCUGCGAUCCCAAAACUCGACAAAUCAUCAAGCAAUUACCCAGUAAGCAGUUUUUCAAGUCAUCACCCUACGUUGUUCCAUUUUCCCCAUUACUGUCUCUUGUCAUCGAUUGUACAAAUUAUCAAUAAACUUACGUUUCUCCCA